CGGACGAACGGACCGGUACCUGGAGUAAGAAUUUCAUUUUUGGUGGGGGAACGGAAGACCAUUAGACAGUUUCGUUUUCGACGGGUAUAAAAGGUGGUGUAGCUGGUGCCACAGUAUCACUUGAUCCAACUCGAAUCAUUCGUUCAACAUGGCCUUCAAGCUCGUCGCUCUCGCCGCCCUCGUGGCUGUCGCCAACGCCGGAGUACUCGCUCCAGCACCGCUUGCCUACCACGGUGCCCCGGCUUACGCCCACGCCGCCCCCGCUUACGGAUACGCCGCCCCCGUCGCUAAGGCCGUCGUGAAGACCAUCGACGCCGACUACGACCCCAACCCCCAGUACAGCUACUCUUACGACGUCCACGACGAACACACCGGGGACAUCAAGAGCCAGCAGGAGACCCGCCACGGUGACGUCGUCGAGGGCAGCUACUCCCUCGUCGAGGCCGACGGCAGCCGUCGCGUCGUCCACUACACCGCCGACCCCCACAACGGAUUCAACGCCGUGGUACAAAAGGAAGCAGCGAGUCACGGACCCGUUGUCGCCAAGUACGCCCCCGCCCCCGUACACUACGCCAAGUACGCCACCGCCCCCGUACACUACGCCGCACCCCACGCCGUCAAGGUAGCUGCCCCCGUUGUCGCCAAGUACUCCGUUCCCGUUGCCAAAUACGCAGCUCCUCUUCAUUACGCCGCCCCCGCUGCCCACGUCAGCUACUCCGCCCCCAGCUACGGAUACCAACACUAAAUAUUCGACAUGAUCAGCGAUCGCGUAUUGUGUGAUCAUAUUUAUUUAUUUUAGUAAAAAUAAACCCUCUUUACAACGAAA